AUGGAUCGCAAAUCGUCGGACUUGAGAAAAAUUUAUCCGCUUUUUAUGGAAAUGAACCAUUCGCGCUUUGUAUCGAUGGUUCCGUCAAUUGAGACCCCAACGAAGCCCAAACAAGUCGCCCAAAGCAACGAAAUUCAAAAUACCAAAGUUGCUUUGUCCCAAGUCGAAGUCAUCAAGAAGCUCAUGGAAGUUUAUCAGCUUUUGUGUGAAAUUUCGCAACUCAUUAAUCAGCAUUUUCAGUUGCAAAUUUUGUGUUUUUCCUUUAAUACGUUCCUCAGUAUCGUCUUUAACGUUUACUAUAUAUUGAUUUUUCGGAAUAUUAUUGCUUCAUCGAGUGGGCCCGAAGCUGAUGCUCGUGCAAGUGCGAUGGAAUCGUUAAUUUGUUUCAUGGCAAUUUCGAUUGUUGGAUGUAUCAUGGAUAUUUUGUGCAUCGUUUGUGCAUGCGAACAUACCGUUAAUGCGGCUAAAAAAGUGUCGAAAACUGUGGCAAAAAUGCUGUACAAGGACAACUUAGCGCAUGAAGCCAAGGAACAAUUGUCCAAAUUUGCGUUACAAAUGGUGCAUGUAUUUCCGAAAUUUACAGUUUAUGGAAUGUUCUCCGUCGAUGGAACACUUUUAUUUACGAUUGCGGGAGCCAGCACAACUUAUUUGAUCAUUUUGUUCCAACUGACACUGAAAGAGGAUGGUUCAUCGUACAAUAACGUCGCUCCAACCGGCAAUUCUACAGCUUAA